AUGCGGGCUUUUCGAUACUUUGGUUACCGCCUGAGGGCUUCCCAGAGAAAUACGACCCGCCAUUCCAGCAGCAGCAGCACAUUGACCGCAUCGGCAUCCGCCAUUUUGCUCGCCACACCUCUGGCCAUGGCUGGCUAUUAUUCCGUGACCGUAACCAAGCGGCCCGGCUUCGAGUCCGCACCGGACGAUGCAGCCUCCAAGCCGCACCACGUCCUCUCGAGCAGAGGCACGACAUCCAAGUUCCAGAACCCGCAUCCAUCGAAUGGAGACGGAGUUGGCUUCUUGAUCAUCGUUAGCAAGUUCAUCAAACUCCUGCUCAAAGGCGAAACCCUGCCCUCGCCCGACACGACCCCGCCGACGGUUCGCGUCAACAAGCCGACCUUCCUCCCCACCCGGCACGGCUCGGACAAGCUGCGGGCGACGUGGCUCGGGCACGCGUGCUACCUCGUCGAGUACCCGUCGGGCCUGCGGGUGCUGUUCGACCCGGUCUUCGAGGACCGGUGCUCGCCGUUCACCUGGCUGGGCCCGAAGCGCUACACGCCGCGGCCCUGCGACAUAGCCGACAUACCCUUCGUCGACGCCGUCGUCAUCAGCCACAGCCACUACGACCACCUGUCGACGGGUACCGUGGCAGAGAUACGGAAACACCACCCGGAAGCGCAUUACUUCGUCGGCCUGGGGCUCGAGAAGUGGUUCCGCCGCGCGGGGAUCGACAAGGUGACGGAGCUGGACUGGUGGGAAGAUGCGGACCUGACGCUGGAGCCGCAGAGGAGCGGAGGCGGCGGGGAGGGGGAGGGGGAGGGGGAGCAACAGCGGGCGAUGACGGCGCGGAUAUCCUGCCUGCCGUGCCAGCACAGCUCGGGGCGGACGGGGCUGGACCGCGACUCGACGCUGUGGUGCUCGUGGGGGGUGAGCAGCGCGGGGCGGUCCGUCUACUUCGGCGGCGACACGGGCUACCGGGCGGUGCCGCACGUGGCCCGCGGCGUCGACGACUGGGGCGCCGAGUACGCCCACCUGCCCGUGUGUCCGCAGUUCCGCCAGAUCGGCGACCUCCGCGGGCCCUUCGACCUCGGCCUGAUCCCCAUCGGCGCGUACGCGCCGCGAUACGUCUUCUCGCCCAUGCACGCUAACCCGGCUGAUGCGGUGGAGAUCUUCCGCGAUACGCGCUGCAGGAAUGCCGUGGGCAUCCAUUGGGGCACGUGGGUGCUGACCGGCGAGAAGGUCCUCGAGCCGCCCGCGCUGCUGCGCGAGGCCAUGAAGAGGCGGGGACUGCCCGAGACGGGCGUGUUUGAUACGUGCGAGAUCGGCGAGAGUAGGGAGAUUUAG